GUCAUUGUGAGCUGGUUCUAACAAACAUGGCGGAUUUUGUUUGUGGUUGUUGACAACCGUGUUUGAAUUCAGAAGAAAAGGAUUUAGUCAAGCUACACCGUAAAAUGGAUAUAAACAUUCGGUCAUUGCUAUGUUCAGCAAAAUUUUGCAAAGGGAAAGAAAAGACUUUGUUACUGCAGCAGGCGUUUACACAGAUUCGUAGUGUUUUUGAGGCCAGACCAGUUGCCGAUGGCCCAGAGCUAUUUGGGCAGGACCUGUUUGUUCAAUGUGCAGAAAUUGCAUUUGAGCAUGGGCUGAAGGAUAUUACCAGGGAUUGCCUCAAGAUGUUCUUCUUAAAGCAGCAGCCAACCAAUCAAUUUUUGAUCCGUGCUUAUUUGUGUCAGGCGCAACUGUUGGCUCCACAAGAUGCAAACAAACCAGAAGAACUUGAUAAAGCUGUGGUCUAUAUUCUGAAAGCUAUCUCCUUGGCAAAGCAGACAGACAGGUACCACUUUCUCGUUUACAAUGCUUCUGUCAUAUACUGGCAUUUUUGUCGACCAUUUUUGAAGCCAAACUUUCGACAGUUCUUGGCUCAAAGUUUGCAUCAAGUAGUGCAAGCUCUGGGUGAGACUGAUGACCAAGAUUUUGAAUGGAGAGCAAAGCUCACAAUUUCCUUGAUAGAGUGCUUGUUGGAUGCUGGACAGAAAGCAGAUGCCUCAAGUAUUUCUAUGGUUGGGGCUGCUUUCAUCAAACAAAAUGUGCCACACCUGUACAAACAGAUCUUUGGCCUUAUGGUAAGGCACCAGCUUGUAGAGUUAACCAAGCUGAACAAAGAAGCAAAGACUUCUCCAGAACUCAUCAUAUACUAUAGGAUCUGCAGGCUAAAAUGCUCACUAGACCUGCAGGAAGUUCGUGACUAUCAGGGAGAGAUAAUCAACAUUUUGAAGCAGAUGGGAGUGGCAAUACCACAGUUUGCUGUGUACAGUAAAAAAUCUUCACUUAAAAAAACAGCUGGUCGCAGUAGCUCUCCUGAUGUUAGUGAUGUUAGUGACAGAACAGGGAAUGAAAGGCAGGAGCUUGAUAGAUCCAAUCCAAGUGCUUCAAAGGGAGGUAGAAGAACACCAACACCAACACCAACACCAACACCUACCACUCCCAAGGUAUUGGAGGAUGAGGCGAUUAGCAAUCUCAAGUUGACUUUAAACAGCAAGCAGAGCCGUUCUGAUCUGUUGAUGGAGCUGGCUCACUUGUGUUUGGAUCUGGACUUGGGUAAAGUGGCAUCAGUCUGUGUUGAGGAGAUGAAAACUUGCCCUGUCAAGGAUCAAUCCUUUUGCAUACAAAUGGAGUUCUUGGAGUGUCUGCUAAUGGUGAAAAGCCUUGGAGAGAACCAGGAGUCCUAUCAGAAGUCUGUUGUGGAUCUGAGACUUCAAGCCAUUAAACGAUGUGAAGAGGCCAUUAUGAAUGCCAUCCGUCAUGGUGAUCCAAGUGUCAUUCAGGCAGGCUGUGUGGCUGAGUGGAAUCUGUGUCUGCCCCUGCUUCAGCCCAAUUUGCGGCACUACAUCCACAAAACUCUGUCACUUAUUGCUGAAGCUCUAGAAAAUAUUCAAAGCCUUUUGAUCAAGCUACGCUGUCAGUUGCACACAGAACUAGCCAAGUGUGAGGAGAGCAAGGAGCAGAUUCAGGUAGCCAUGGAACACCUAAAAAAGGCUCUGGCACUGGAUGAUGGCAAUGUUUAUCAAGAACGGCUGGAGGUAAUGUUACGUAGGCUUCAGCUGCGAUCUCAACUUUACAGGCAGCCAGAGCGACCCGAGGAUCAGGCAGCCAUGAUAAUUGAACAGGCUCAAAAGGCAGAUUCUGGUUCAGUCCUCAUGAAACGGUCUAUGCUGGUCAAAGCUGGGGAAGCCCUUGCACCAGAUGCUUUUCUCCUUGUGCUUGACAGCGAAAAUGACAGUAGAGACCUUACUGAAAUAAACAAAGACAAUGGAACCAUAAAAAGCCCACUGACCUUCUCCAAAAAGCUGAGUGCUAAAGCUCGCUUCUUCAACCAUUAUGUGUCAAAAGCAGAAGGGCACCUGAAACGCCUUGGGAAGGAAAAUGAUCGGGAAAGAGCCAGACUUUGGGCUGACCUUGCAAAGACAGCACGCAAGCAGGGAGUGUGGGAUGUUUGUCGUGUUGCAGCACGUUUCUGCCUCCUUUAUGAUGAUGGUCGCUGGAAGGGCUCUCUGCCAAGACCAAUGAGUUCCAAGCAAGAACGGACUAAAGGUGACACAAAAGAAAAGACAGAAGAUGAAACAGACAAGAAAGCAGGCAGUCGGCCAUUGACACCCAAUAAACCUGUGGAACUAUAUGAUCGAGACCUUGUUCGCAUGCUUGCAGAAGUAAACUUCAUAAAUGGAGAGGCUAUUGUACUGCUGCUGAGGUCAGAAGGUGUUCAACUGAAUGAUAAGCCCAUUUUCCCAGAGAGCCACAGCAAGCUUCCAAAGGGAAAAACGGUUGCAAAACCUGAAAAUGAUCCAGACUGGUUGGAAUACUGCAAUUGGAUCAGAGAACUGUCAGAAGCCAGCACCAGCAGUUUUUUACGAGGCUUGGAGCUCGGUGUCGAUCUCAUGGAGCCCUGGCUUGUGUGCAACGCAGCAGCCUAUAUUUGGAACUACAACAACCACAUUUUGACACAGAUGCGUCAUCGUGAGAUUUUGUUGCCCCUAACUGCAGUGCUUGAUGGUCUCAAAAGAGUUGGCCAUGCUGGAGAGACAUCCAUGCUGGUUAACAUCUGCAAUACAUUAGCCUUUGCACUCAUUCAGCCAUGGAUACCUGAAGCUCCGAAAGAAGAGAAAGAUCAGGAUGACCUAAAUUCUAAAAAUAAACUCAAGGUCUCAGUUUCUCAGGGCAAGAUCAAGGGAUCAGCAGUAUCUUUGGUCCCUGAAGCCACAGUUGACAUAAAGAAAGCUGUAGAGGUGUGCGAGUACGCCAUAAAUAUGACCUCAAGAGAGCAUAUUGUUCCCAUUGCUGCAAGGAAGCUUAUCUUGCAAACGUGGGUCAUGAGCAAGCAGAUGGCUCAGCAACAAAUUGGCAAGACUUUUGGAACAGAUGAUGAGUCAAGCACAGAAGGUCAGAAGGAAAUGACAAGGGCAAUUGUGGCCACGGAGAUGCUGUCACUUAACAGUAAUGGCAUAAUGGAAUUCAAAGAUGUGCCAUCUAUUGCUGAUGUUGCUCAGAUGGUAGAGAAUUGUCAGUGGACAGAUUCCCUCAUCAAACUUCAAAUGUUGACUCGACUGACUUCUUUAGCAUAUCACAGUCACCAGCACAACCUUGUCAUGCGCUGCAGCAAAGCUGCCUUGGAGUUGGCGUCCAUUAAUUCACACAUGGAGAAAAAGGGAGACAUACAUCAGUACAUGGUCAAGCAAGAGAUGCUUGCAUAUGCCAGCAUUCUCCAAGGGCAGAGCCUUGUUGACAAUAUGGGCGGUAAACAUUCCUUACGGCGUGAUGCUAUGGAGGCUUUCCUUGGUGGGGCCAGUUUUGCACGUAAUGCAGGGAACUAUGAUCUUGUGAUGACGGCUGCUCGUCAUUACUGGAAUGCAUGCAUUGAUCUUGUGAGCCAGCCCAUGGAACGUCAGCUCUUGAAGGAGCCAAUCAAAACCAUACUCGACUGCAUUACAGCCACCUGGAACAAGAAAAGUAAAAUAGAAGAAAGAGUGGAGCAAGUGGCCCUCACAGAGGAACCAAAAAUAGAUGACAUAAACAAGAAAGAUGAGAAAAAAACCCCUUCAACAGAAACAUCAAUAAGCACAAUCGACAAUCAAUCUGAUGAUCUGACACUUAGAGCAGCCAUGUAUGGUGUACUUUUCCAGUCUUAUGCUGACCAGGGUGAAUUGGAAAUGUCACUGAAGGCGAUGGACCAGGCAGUUGCUGAUAUGCCCAGAACUAAACACAGGCUCCUCAUCUUUAAGCAUAGAGUUAUAACCAAAGCCAAACUGGGUCAGAAUGUGCAAAUGGACUUCCAGAAAUUCCAGGGUGAGAGUGAGGAUUAUGUGGCUCACAUGUGGAGGAAGGUUGCUUUAUGUUCCAAUGAUCUGCGUGAACAGCUUUCAUCAUACCAGAAUGCAAUCGAGUCUUUAAUCAGUCCAAGUAAUGGAUUUCAGAAAGUGGAUUACCUCCUGGAGUUUAGCCAGUGGCUGUACUAUAAUCAUUUUCCACUUCAAGAUGUCCUUGAUCAAGUAGAGUGGGCUAUUGACAUUCUGCUUAACAUGCAAGAUGAGGAGGCUAUGCAGUUAAAGAAAGAAGGUACCAAACCUAAUGCUACAACUCUUGACAGCAAGAAAUUAUCAAAAGAAGAUGAAUCUGACGCUGCCAAACGAACAGAGAAGAAGAAAAGCAAAGAGUUACCACUUGGUAAGGCAUCUGUCACCAGUCUGCAGAAAAUUUCAGUCACGGAGGGAUCAGGUAUGACAUCCACUGGCAGGGAGGAUAAGGCUUUGGAUGGGAGGUUGGAGGUGAGCGAUCAGGAGACUGAAAUCAGUGCUGGUGACUUUGUCCCACAGGCAAAAGAGGUUGUCAUAGGUGUGCUGCCCAGCAAUCCUGGACUGAAAAUCAGUGACUUGACCAAUGUGCAGCAGCUGGAUGCCCUAGUGAGAUCACAUAUACUGCUGGCAGAACUGACUGGCCAAGAUGGAACUUGCUAUGCAGACAUUCUGCUGCAGGCACAGGGUUAUCUUGUUAGACUAUGGCAGGUUCUCAUAAAGGAAGCAGGGCCAGUUAUGAAGAUCGUACAACAAGGUCAUCCGGAGCAAGCACCACCCAAAGGCAAAGGCUCAGCUAAAGAAAAAAAAAGCACCAAAGAACAAAAGUCAGAAGUGACUCAAUCUUCAGUUAAAGAGAGGCGUAGGGGACCCUUGGAUGUUGUUCCAGAAUUGAUUGAAGAAUGGGCAGUGUACAAUGCUCCUGAUGAGCUUAUUGAGGCCUUCCAACAGGAGUCCAUGAAGAAGUCAGGGCUCAAUGUAGAUACAUUUCCCAAACCGAUGCUGACCAUGCAUUACUUGGACAUCCUAACCAGACAGCUGCGAGUUUUAGGCUAUAAUCACCUGGCUCUGCCAGUUCUAGCAUUUCAAGACCUGCUGUCACGUUCCAUGCUCAUAAACCACUCUUUGAACAUCCUGAUUCAUGCAAGGGCUUUAGAGGUGUGCCUGGAGCUGGACCUGAAGGCUGGCUGUGAAUUUCAUGAACUAAGCAUGGGAAACAUCAGCAUCAGUGAGAAGGAACAGUUUCAGUCACGAGAAGAGAUAGCUUUAUGGAAAGAAAAGAAGGCACAAGUGGCUCGAGAAGAAAUGCGGGUUAAGGAUUCUUUGGCCAGGACUACUGCAGAGUCCAGCUCCAGGGCUAAAGAUGGAAGGAAAACCACAGCUUCUCAUCUUGGAAAGGUGCUCGGAGCUGUGUGCCAGCGGGAAGUCUGGGCAGAUUUGGCUGAAGUGCUUAUCCGAUUGGGAUACCUUCAGAAAGCAAGAGAGUAUCUCAAUGAAGCCAACAUAGCUGCUGAGGCUUUUUCAGAUACCACUUUGCAAGGACACAUAAUGUACCUGUUUGGGAAGCUGGCAUUUGAAGAAGCCCAGUUUGGACAGGCUACAAACUUCUGCAAAGCAGCACAGGAGAUCCACCAGGGUGACGAGAUGUUUUGGUUUGAGACAAUGUUGUUGCUAGUAGAGUCUGUGAUUUGUGACUACACCAACAAAAACAGACGACAUCUGGCUUUGAAACUUCUAGCACAUGCUGUCAAUGAAUUCCUAAAGAUCACCAAUGAGCGCCCAAACAGAUAUGCCACUCUCAACUUUAUCAUGACAACUUUUGAGGCAAAGGCUGCUUCAGUACAGAUGCAGAUUAUUCUUGAUCAUCACAAAGAUAUAAAUAGCCCAGUAGCAAUGAAAUCUGUGCUAACAGUCUGUGAGAAACUUGAUAACUGUGUGGAGAAACUAAUUCGACUGGGUCAUCGGAGAAAGGCUGUAACUUUGACCACAGAACAUGCCUCUUACUUGAUCAUGUUGGCAAGAGCUGCCACAGAAGUCCAAGUGGAACAUGGAUAUUACUUAGAGGCUCUCAGUGUGUUGAAGGAAGCAGCAUCUUUGGCUGAACAGGUGUUCACUGAUGCCCUGACCCUCACAAGUCUGCAAGAGUCACAGACUCUCAGUUUUCCUGUUCAACGUGAGCUUGCCAAUGUGUACGCAUGUCAAGGAGAACUGCUGGUGGAAGUAGCUGCGCUUCAGGUCAAGGAGAUGAGGUCGAUACAGCUGGCAGAGCAACGAAAGGGCUCCAUUAUUCGACUUGUUGAAGAAUACACACACCAGAGUCCACUGCUCUCACCCACCCAGAAAGGCUGGCUCAGCAAACGACUCACUGUAUUUGAAGAGGCCAUGACAGUUUUGAUUAAUGCUCAUAGCCUGGCAGGCAACAUAACAGAACUGAAAAUAAAGGCUUUGGCUGGGCUUGGCAAGGUCUUACGUAUUCUGGCAGAACACAAGGAUCCAGACCCCCCACCAUUAUGGCUUGUAUGGGAGAUUGAGCAGUUGUACCAAAAUGCAGAUACUGAGGAAACGGAACAAGAAGCUACAGAGGCUGGAAAGAUCAAUGAUAAACAGGAUCAUGUGCUAGCAUCGGAUGAUGACAAUACAACAGAGACUAGGCGCUUUUCUAAAAAUUCACAGCUCAUCUUGUCAAUGACAAAACAACAUGAGGCAAGCAAGUUGUACUACGUGUAUGCCACAGAGUGCUUGUUUCAGGGUCUCAGCCUUGCCAUAGCAAAAAAGCACAAGGCACUUGCUGGACAGAUUGCUUUGGAUUUGGUGAAGUGUUUUGGCCAGUUUGAUCCCAAUUUGGCCAGUCAAUUCCUAGCUUUAUAUCAGAGUUGCCAGACUUCUUUGAAACUUGAGGAGCUUCUAUAUAAAGCACAAAGAGAUCCAACAUCAUCAAGACUUGCUGCACUACUUCAUCAGCAUCAAACUCUGAUCCGUAAUAACAUAUCAACAAACCUUGGCAAGAGCAACAUGAUGACCUCUGUCUUAAAAUUGUUGGAACAGGAUUGCCAGGCGUGGAAACAGCUUGAGAUUUUGCCAAAUCAUCUGGAUAUAUUGAAGGAAUUCCCACAAAACUUCAACUUUGUCAUACUGCAGCAUUCUCCUGACAGGGACUUUUUGUAUGGUGCUGUGAUGGAGAAACCGAAAAUCAGUGGAGGGGGAGGAGGAAAGAGCAACCCCCGCGUAUCAACAGGACCUGAACUUACCUUGGCCAGUGGAAGUCGGGCAAAGAUUUUUGGGGUUGACACUGAUCCGAGGGUCCUACAGAGUAUAAUUGAGAAGUUCCGGCAGCACAAGCAAAAUGUUCAGACUUUAUUGCUGAAGCAGGAAUAUCGACGUACCCAGGCUAUCCAGAGACAAAGAAUGCUAGAGAAUACAGAUGAUGACAGCAAACUCUCACAAAAGGGAACAGUUGAAAUACUUGAUGAAAGUCAGCAUUUGGAAGAAGACUUUCAGAACCUGGUGAAUGACAUGGAAAACUACCUCAGACCAGUUAUUGCUGCUGUGGAUGCGGCUCUGAGCUUGACCAGCAGCAAAGACGCCAGCAACGAAUGCUUCAUUCUUCUGCCUGAUGCUGACCUCCUGGAGCUGCCUCUUGAGGCAUUGUCUUGCCUACAGGCAGAUGGCAUUGAUUCCCUCACUAGGGAUUUCUCGCUACAGAUGUUUUAUCACAGGAUGUUCUCAGGAGCUGUCACAGAUGAAAAGACAACCAAGUCGACGGUGAAGACGCCGCCGAAGAACGCCGGGGUGGACAAGAAGAAGAAACAGGAGGUACCCCAGGUGCUAUCUCGCAUCCAAGGAGCCAAUGAACCAAAAGGGAAGCAAUCCAAGUCUAAUCUCGUCAAACGAUCAGUGCAGCCCUGGCAAGUCGCAGUGGAGAACAACAACAUCAAGUACAUCGUGGACCCGUACCGAGAAGGUUCUGAAACAGAUGAGAGAAAGCCAGGGGACCAGUUUCGCCAUAUUCUUGAGGACUAUGAGCAGCUCACGCACAAGUGGCUGGGCAUCUACGGGGAGGACCACACGCCGAGUGUCGGAGAGUGGGAGUUGUACAUCAAAGAAAGCAGCACCUUUCUUUUCUAUGGCUUUGAGCGUCUGGUCGCCUACCUGUCUCCUGCCAAGCUGUCUGCUCUCAACAUUCCAGAUUGCAUGAUGAUGUACGUGCUGGACCAGGCCCAGACCAGUAAGAGCUUCAUGAGACAGAGUAAGGUCGACACGCUCAAGAGCCAGAACGAGCUGGCGCUGGAAGGCCCUCUGGAGAUGGCCAUGAUGGUCAGUCUGGCGGGGACGAAGUGUGUGCUGACUAACCAGUGGUCGUGCACGCUGGCCGAGAACACAAACAAACUAGAACUGACCAUGAAAGAUCUGUUGGAGCGCGGCAUGUCGUCUGGACAGGCGGUCCGCCUGCUCCUGUCGCCGCCCAAACGCCGCGCGCUGGAGGAGCGACUAGCCGCGGAGGAAUUGGCGUCGGCGCCCUCCGUCUCCCAGAAGGGCAAGGACAAGGACGCCAAGGGCAGCGAGAAGCAGAAGAGCAAAGUGCAGAGCGUUGAGCCUCCCAUCAGUGACGACCCUGACAAGGACAGGGAGUCGCCCAAAGAGAAGCCGGCGCAGCCUCAGAGUGACUGGUUCAACAUGGUGUGCUACGGCAUGCCCAACCUCGUCAUCACGUAGGCUCAACCCUGGCUGAGGUAGUGUGGUCGCGUGGAACGCGAGGAGGACUUGAUGGAUGUCGCUGGCCGUAGGUCAAACCUCUGUUCCAGUCCCCACCUUGCCUCUUUACCAAGAUCCUUUGCGAGGUUCACAAAAUGCAGACUUUCUCUCAUCACGGGGAGUCGAGAUGGGCUGCAACUCUCAGGCACUGGGGUUGUAAUAUUCCUAGUUGAAAUCACAAGUGUGCUUAAUUUUGUUUAACAAGGGCCAAAAUAAACUGACUACACGUUACCGGACACGAUAAAUAAAACGAAGAAUAAUGUGAUCUAUGACGUCUUGAAUUAUCCUGUAAGUAAACAUAAAUUAUCCUGUACAUAAACAGACCGCAUGCUCACUGCUAUUGUAAAAUCCGUCCUUUGAACCACCUACCCAUUCUUUUUAAACCGGCGCACAUUUCAGAGAGGCAAGAAUAAAGAGUCUUUUUUUUAAAAAAAAGUGUCUUAAAUACGGUUUUUAUAUUUUGACUAUUUGCUUUCAUUGUGCAACAGGAGCAUGAAAUAAAGAACUCAUCCCUA